CCGGCGAUGGUUUUUUGGGGGCUAGGCCACAACUAAUGAAGCCAAAGAUAGACACCCGACGCUCCACAUUUUCUGUUUUGACCUUAUCUGAGUUAAAUAAACCCCCACACAUCGCUGCAGAUAACUGGCCCAUUUUUUGGCUGGUGUUUAAGAUUUAGGCCAAUGAUUCCCACGUUGCGACGGCGGCUUCAGCUUAUUGAGCCGGCCAAUGUCGGGAUGCUGAUGUGACCCUUGCCGGUUUGACCCUUAUCUUUGGUACAACUGAGAGAUUGGGGCACAGUAAUAGUUGACGACGAGAAAUGUAUAAUUCCGCGGACUUGCCACUGGCUGAACAAGCCAUUUACCUGAGUUUUUGCUUUGUAUCCAAACCUGCCUGUCGAUAGGGGGCUUACGGACUUUGCUGACCUAACUUGCAGCAAAUCCCCCAUGGUCCGCGGGAAGUCUGCGCUGAGCACGGCUGAUGUGGAAUACGGGACCGAGUAUGACUUGGAGUAUGACUUGGAGAAUUGCAAUGCGUCGUAUAUAUACGUGGACAUGAUAAUAAUGGUAGUUGAUCCACUACCACAAUUUUCCUCAGUAUGGCGACCCUCACAGAAUCCCUCACUUUUGGGACACCCCUAAAUGUGCACUCUCUGAAAUCCGCCAUUUUCACGAUCACACGUGAAAAGGCAUCUGCACUCAAACAUGAAGAUAUAUCGACAAUUGCAUUGCCGAAUAUUCCAUUGCCCCCAUUAUCAAAGCCCCUCAGAGAAAUCCUCAGUUUGGAUAAGGACACUCCGGACCGCCACGUCCCUCGGGAUCCGCGUUUAAUCAGGUUGACUGGCGUGCAUCCAUUCAAUGUAGAAGCACCGCUAACAGACCUCUUCAAUGAUGGCUUCCUGACAAGCUCGCAACUUUUCUACGUCAGAAAUCAUGGGUCGGUUCCAGAAGUCCAGGAUUCUGAAAUUCCCACCUGGGAGCUGAGUAUUGAUGGGUUGGUUGAGCACCCGAUAACACUCACCUUCCGACAAAUUUUGCAACAAUUCGAUCAGAUAACUGCACCUGUCACCCUCGUGUGCGCUGGUAAUAGGCGCAAGGAGCAGAACCAAGUGCGGAAGUCGAAUGGGUUCUCAUGGGGAGCGGCCGGCGUGUCGACUGCUCUUUUCACGGGACCUAUGAUGGCCGAUAUCAUACGGAGGGCAAGACCAUUACGAAGGGCUAGAUACGUAUGCAUGGAGGGAGCCGAUAAAUUGCCCAAUGGAUAUUACGGAACGUCAGUAAAGCUGAAUUGGGUGAUGGACCCCAAUAGAGGUAUCAUGCUUGCUCACAAAAUGAACGGCGAACCGCUGCACCCUGAUCACGGGCGUCCUCUAAGGGCAGUAAUCCCGGGACAAAUUGGCGGAAGGAGCGUCAAGUGGUUGACCAAAUUGAUCGUCACCGAAUCUCCAAGCGAUAAUUGGUACCAUAUUUAUGAUAAUCGAGUGCUACCAACUAUGGUUAGCCCUGAGAUGGCAGCGAAAGACAAGUCCUGGUGGCAAGACGACAGAUACGCUAUUUACGACCUAAGUGUUAACUCGGCCACUGCAUACCCUCAACACAAUGAGGAAUUGCCAAUUACGACACUGGAGGCGACAUAUAAUGCAAGAGGCUAUGCAUACGGUGGUGGUGGUCGACGAAUUACACGGGUUGAGAUAUCGUUAGAUGGUGGAAAAUCUUGGAGACUGGCAGAUAUCGAUUAUCCGGAAGACAAAUGUCGCGAUUUUGAUUCACAAUUAUACGGCGGUCGAGUGGAUAUGUACUCUCGAGAGGCUUGCUUCUGCUGGUGCCAAUGGUCUCUCAAUAUACCAGUUUCCGAUCUCGAGGCCAGCGAUGCGAUUCUCGUCCGGGCGAUGGAUGAAGCAAUGAAUAUCCAACCUCGAGACAUGUACUGGUCCGUUUUAGGGAUGAUGAACAACCCAUGGUUUAGAGUUACUAUCACUAAAAGCAACAGGGUCCUGAAGUUCGAACACCCAACACAGCCUGCUUUAAUGCCCGGAGGAUGGAUGGAGCGUGUGAAGAAAGAAGGUGGGGAUUUGACGAAUGGAUCAUGGGGACAGAGGCCCAACGGAGAAGUGCGGGAGCCAACGAUUGCAGAGGAAAUCGAUAUGAGAGCAAAAGGGUUGAACAAAAGCAUUGACAUCGAAGAAUUAAAGCAUCAUGGCGGUCCUGGGUCGCCUUGGUUUGUUGUGAAUGGUGAAGUAUAUGACGGCACACGAUUCCUGGGUGGCCAUCCGGGUGGAGCCCAAAGCAUAAUAUCGGCGGCUGCAAUGGAUGUUUCGGAGGAAUUUCUUGCAAUCCACAGCGAGACCGCAAAAGCGAUGAUGAGCGAGUACCACGUUGGAACGCUAGAUAAGGCCUCAUUGGCAAUCCUUAACAAAGAGCCAGACCAAGAGCUAAGUUCAGGGCCAACUGAGAUAUUCCUAAGGCCUAAAUUUUGGACGAAAGCGAAGCUUUGCAAGAAAGUAGCAGUGUCAAGCGAUACACGAAUAUUUUCCUUUGCAUUGGAUCAUGACGAGCAAUCGUUUGGUUUACCAACGGGUCAGCAUGUCAUGCUAAAAGCUGAAGAUGAUUCACCCCAGAAAACCAGCAUUAUCAGAGCAUAUACGCCAAUAUCACAGACGGGUAAGAAGGGGAUAGUGGAUGUACUUGUCAAAAUAUAUUUCAGCACGCCUACUAUGGAAGGCGGUAAGAUGACAAUGGCCCUUGAAAAACUUGCCAUCGGGUCGUCUGUGGAGUUUAAAGGGCCUAUUGGUAAAUUCAAGUACCUCGGAAAGGGCAGAGUUUCCAUCAACGAUAAGGAACGCUCUGUACGAUCAUUCAAGAUGAUAUGUGGCGGAAGCGGCAUCACGCCCAUCUUCCAAGUUUUACGUGCGGUUAUUCAAGACCGCGAUGAUCCAACCACCUGCGUCCUCCUCGAUGGAAACAAGAAAGAAGAAGAUAUCCUCUGCAAGGAUGAGCUAGAUUCCUUUGCAGCGGCCGACAGCAAGAGGUGUUCGAUUAUUCACACACUUACAGAUGGUUCUAGUUCAUGGUCUGGCCAAAGGGGCCGCAUCUCGGCGCAGAAUCUGAAAGACUAUGCCUCUCCGACUGAGACAUGUAUGGUGCUGAUCUGUGGACCGAAGGCGAUGGAGCAAUCUGUUCACAAGAUCUUGCUACAACUUGGGUGGGAUGAGUCGGAUGUUGUCUUUUUCUAGCAUGGGAAAUAAUGGACCAACAAUGUCACAUUUGUUUAAUAGGCGAAUAUCCCCGUGGGGCAAAAUAAUGAAUUUUUAAUAGGCA